AGUAUUUUUGCCUCCGGUAUCUCCUCUUCCUCUAUCCGAUUCUCUCACCUUUUCUUCUGCUGCUGCGCUAAGAUCUAACACCCCAUUUUCGUUUUCUCCUUCUUUCUCUUCACAGGUGUAAGAUCCAAUUCGAAAAACCCCAAUUCUCAAAAUAUGAGCAAGCUGCAGAAUGAUGCUGUUAGGGAAGCUAUCUCUGGAAUCAUGACUGAUUCCAAGGAGAAGAACCGGAAAUUUGUGGAGACCAUUGAGCUCCAAAUUGGGUUGAAGAACUACGACCCACAGAAGGACAAACGUUUCAGUGGCUCUGUCAAGUUGCCUCACAUUCCUAGGCCCAAGAUGAAAAUCUGCAUGCUUGGAGAUGCCCAGCAUGUGGAGGAGGCUGAGAAGAUAGGUCUUGAGUCCAUGGAUGUUGAAGCUUUGAAGAAGCUCAACAAGAAUAAGAAGCUGGUGAAGAAGCUGGCUAAGAAGUACCAUGCCUUUUUGGCUUCUGAAGCUGUGAUCAAGCAGAUCCCUCGUCUUCUGGGUCCUGGUCUUAACAAGGCAGGGAAGUUCCCUACACUUGUUACUCACCAGGAAUCUCUAGAGUCAAAGGUCAAUGAGACCAAGGCUAUGGUGAAGUUCCAGCUGAAGAAGGUGCUCUGCAUGGGUGUAGCUGUUGGCAACGUUAGUAUGGAGGAAAAGCAAAUCUUCCAAAACGUACAAUUGAGUGUCAACUUCCUCGUCUCCCUCUUGAAGAAAAACUGGCAAAAUGUUAGGUGCUUGUACCUGAAGAGCACUAUGGGGAAAUCAUACCGUGUCUUCUAAGGAGCUGUUGUAAUUGCAGUGAAUUUCCGAUCUCAUUUGUUUCCUCUUAUUACUUGGAUAGGAGUUUCAAUCUCUCUACAGUUUUGUUGGAUGUUUUUUUUAACAUUAGAAUUUCAUAUUCCUGCUUGUUUUGUUUAAGUGCUUUGCAACAAUUGGAUCAUGUUAGGGGUGCUUUUUAUAAUCCCAUGUUUUUCAUAUCCAA